CUCUGUCCCUUGCUUUCUAAGGAGAUGCUCACGUAGCAUGACAGAAGCCACUGUACACGCUUCAGCCCUGAACCACCUCCUCAGGUACCCUGGCUCUGGAGACUGCUAUGGGAGAUUGGAUGACUGUUACAGAUCCAAGUCUGUGUACAGAAAGCAAAAAUCUCCAUCAAUAUACCUCAGAAACAAAGAUGUCUCCAUCAAGUUUAUACUCCCAGCAAGUGCUAUGCUCUUCAAUACCUUUAUCAAAAAAUGUGCACAGUGUUUUCAGUGCCUUUUGCACAGAAGAGAACAUUGAACAAAGUAUUUCAUAUCUUGAUCAGGAACUGACUACCUUUGGUUUUCCUUCCUUAUAUGAAGAAUCCAAAAGUAAAGAGACAAAGAGAGAAUUAAAUAUAGUUGCUGUUUUAAAUUGUAUGAAUGAGCUACUGGUGCUGCAGCGGAAGAACCUUCUGGCCCAGGAAAGUGUGGAGACGCAGAAUCUGAAGCUAGGCAGUGACAUGGACCACCUGCAGAGCUGCUAUGCCAAACUUAAGGAACAACUGGAAACCUCAAGACGAGAGAUGAUUGGGCUUCAGGAGAGAGACAGGCAGUUACAGUGCAAAAACAGGAAUUUGCAUCAGCUUCUGAAGAAUGAAAAAGAUGAGGUACAAAAAUUACAAAACAUUAUAGCCAGUCGGGCUACUCAGUAUAAUCAUGAUAUGAAGAGAAAAGAGCGUGAAUACAAUAAACUAAAGGAGCGGCUGCACCAGCUUGUUAUGAACAAGAAGGAUAAAAAAAUAGCCAUGGACGUUUUAAAUUAUGUGGGUCGAGCUGAUGGAAAACGAGGCUCGUGGAGGACUGAUAAGACAGAAGCCAGGAAUGAAGAUGAAAUGUACAAACUUCUGCUGAAUGACUAUGAGUGCCGCCAGAAGCAGAUCCUAACGGAGAACGCUGAGCUGAAGAAGGUCCUGCAGCAGAUGAAGAAGGAGAUGAUUUCUCUUCUCUCGCCCCAGAAGAAGAAACCCAGGGAAAGAGCAGAGGACGGCACAGGCACUGCUGUUAUCUCUGAUAUUGAAGAUGACCUUGGAGAGCUGAGCAGAGAGAGCGCGUGGGGCCUCUCCUGUGACACUGUGAGAGAGCAGCUUACAAACAGCAUCAGGAGACAGUGGAGGAUCUUGAAAAGUCACGUGGAAAAACUCGAUAACCAAGUUUCAAAGGUCCACUCAGAAGGCCUCAAUGAUGAGGACGUCAUCUCACGACAGGACCAUGAAGAAGAGACUGAGAAACUGGAAUUGGAGAUCCAGCAGUGUAAAGAGAUGAUCCGAGCACAGCAGCAGCUCUUACAGCAGCAGCUGGCCACGACAUGUGAUGAUGACACAACCUCACUGCUUCGAGACUGUUACUUGCUGGAAGAAAAGGAACGCCUUAAAGAAGAGUGGUCCCUUUUUAAAGAGCAAAAAAAGAAUUUUGAGAGAGAAAGACGCAGCUUUACAGAAGCUGCGAUCCGCUUGGGGCUGGAGAGAAAGGCGUUCGAAGAAGAAAGAGCCAGCUGGCUAAAGCAACAGUUUUUAAACAUGACGACCUUUGACCACCAGAACUCAGAAAAUGUGAAACUUUUCAGUGCCUUCUCAGGAAGUUCUGAUCCAGACAAUCUUACAGUGCACUCACGGCCACGGCAAAAGAAGCCACACAGUGUGACUAAUGGGGCACCAGCUUGCACAUCAAAACUGGCUAAGUCUCUUCCUGCUUCACCCUCUACUUCAGACAUUUGCCAGACACGUUCCUGUGUGUCUGAACACAGGAGUUCAACCAAUGUGCUGAAUAUAGCUCCUGAAGAAACUAAAGCAAAUGAGAUUGGAAGAGAAUGCACAAAUCAGAAAUGGAGUGUGAUGUCAAGACCUGGUUCACGGGAAGGCUGCUACAGUGGCUGCUCCUCAACGUACACGAGUUCUCACCUGGAAAGAGACACCUUACCUUAGACACACAGACUGCAGGGUUCUCAUGAAAGCGUGCAUCUGAGGUCGCGUCCGAGUUAAACAGGGUGUAUCAUAAAGUCAGUCAUCUAAUUUAAGAUGGUCUGGGUUGUUUGUCUGGACUUCGCGUCUUCCCCCAAAGAACUGCAAUGUGAGCUAUUGAAAAGGAUGCAAAAGCUUUGGGAGUGUGGUAGUUAGUGACAGAGCGGCUGGGUCUGUGACGAGAGGAUGUGUGGUGUUUGGAUGAGACAGAGGCAAGAGUGGGCUUCCUCUCCAGGUAUUGAAAAUAGCACUUUCAGGGGACCGAUUAUUGUAAACAUUCAGUUUUUGUCCCAAUGUGGUUGGCACCGGAAGUUUAGCCUUCACUUGAAUGUAUACUGUAGAUUUUUAACAAAGCAAGUUCUAUAUUUAUUAUGUUUAGUGUGAUUUGGGAUUACCUCUUUCAUAUGUUUUACAUAAAGUGAAAUUUAUGUAUGUUCUGUACAUAGAGAUAUACAUGAUUAUGUUAAGAGGCUUUAAGGUUUAAAAAUUUCACACAACGCUUGAGUGUAGUGUUUCAUGCCAAUAAAAUGUUUUCAGAGGCAUUGUGUUUACAGAUGCGUUAGGGCAACUGCCACAUGGCAUUUAAGAUUUUAUUUUAAGCCAUCUGGGCAAUAGAAAUUCAAAGCCACUCUGUGAAAGCUGAGUUGAGAUAACUAGAACUACUAACAUUACAUUUUCGAGAUUUUUAAAGCAUUAUAUUUUAUUUUAUAUAUGUGAAUGUUAUAAUUUCUAAGAGGAAUAUUGAUUAUGGAGUAAUGGGGGAAAGACAGAAAGUAUCUUUGAAUAACAAUAUGAGGGCAUUGGUUUAAGAUAUUUGGAUGAUAAAAGAUAAUUUAAGAUAGCUGGAUGGUGAUAUUUUCCUUACCAAAUGGGUUGUCAGUACAGGAAUAUCUGUACCAGCCAGGACUUUAUAUCAUUGCCAAUAAUUUUAUAAUUAAAAAAUUUUCAACUAGAUACUACUACUAAAGAAAUAAGACAAUGUAAAAACAUUGACUUUUGUAAUUGAGAUAUGACAUUCUGGACGCCCUUGUGUCAUUUCGUUUUCAGAACAAUCUUAGGCUCUUUUGUCUCUGGUGUCUCUGCUGCAUGUCUCUUCAUGAGAAGUAUGUUACUAUUGAUAGUAAUGACAAUGAUAAUACAUGUAGACUAGGCCCAGGCUUCUCCUGGAUGGAUUUUCAUCCAAAAGCUUUUAAGUGCCUCCCCUGCUUGUCUCUGCACAUAGAAGCCUGCACAAGUCCUUGCCCAACGAUGCAGGUUAGUCUGGUCUGCCUUCCUCUUUCCUUGCCACUGUUGUGGCUGUUGCAUUAAAUUCAUCAUGCUACCAAAAGAAAACUUGUGUUGUCCAUUCACUGUGUGACUGUGGGGUCAUGCAGCAGCAGCCAUUUGUCUGGCGCUUGUGAGAAAGCACGACCUGAUGAGGCAUUGCUGUGAAGUAAGCGUCCUCUUGGUAGCAACCCUGCUCGCAGUUCCAGGAACUGGCUUUGGCUUGUGAGUGUGAGUUGCUACCUUCAGUCGGAUGCACAAUCACUUCUUUACUCUUUAAAGUGUGAUGUCUGGAGUUACUGCUAUAGUCCAGAGGAGCCAACCAGCUGGGAUAAUUGCCUUGCUGCUGCAGAAAGGCAAUCAAAGUGUUGAAGUAGCUCCUGAUUAUCUGUUCCCCACAGGGGUCUGUCUCCAUGACAGCCUUUGCAGGCUACAAACCUUCCUGACUACAACCCCUUCAUCAACUGUGCUGUAUUCCGUGAGGAGAGUUCUCUGGAAAGGAACACCUGCUUUUUUGCGGUGUUUGCAUUUCAGCCCGGGCUGAAUUCUCAGACUGGAAAAAAAUCCCCCCGAGACUUUAAGGUACGAAGGAAACCAUAGAAAAAGUGAGAUCCCUUUGCUUUUAGGGGUGUGCAUGAACCUACCAAAAGCUGUGCGUCUUCCUGGCUUGCUUGUAUUGCUGCCCAUUCCAAUUCUAAAAUGAUCCCUAAUCACUCCAACGUCCCAGAGGCUUGGGUGGUGCUGUGUUGGAAAACAUAAGUUGACAGAAAAGCUCCUGGGAUUCUGCCUCCUCUUGUGCAGGCAUUUGCAAUAUGCAAGAAACACAGCCAUGCUGGUCUCAUGACUCAGUCGGUAGUGCCGGUGUCUCUCGGCUCUAAAGCCUCCUGGUAAUCUUGUGUGCUUUCUUGUUUAACAAUAUGGAAAUCUAAAACUUUGUAACUCGAGUUGGUAUUUACAGACUUGACAAACCCACUUUGAAUUUUCAAAACUUAAAAAUGGCACUGAAAACUUGAUAGUUUCCUACUCUUUUUCCGAGACAGGGUUUCUCUGUGUAGCUUUGGAGCCUAUCCUGGCACUCACUCUGGAGACCAGGCUGGCCUCGAACUCACAGAGAUCUACCUGCCUCUGCCUCCCUAGUGCUAGGAUUAAAGGUGUGCACCACCAAUGCCCAGCGAUAGUUUCCUACUCUUAAGUAACUUAUUGACAACGAUUAGAAACUUAAUAGAAAAAUCAGUAACAGGAGAAAAUGAUGGCUAAGGUUUAAUAAAGGAGUAUUUUCUUACAGAAGCAAAUAUUAAAUGACUUAGGUUUACAGCAUGUGAGGCAACUUGUUUGCUCACUCAUUAUGUAAAUGGAGUGCAGGAUGUUGUUUGGGAAUAAUUGUGUGGUUCCUAUCCUAGCUAAGUAGGAUGCUCCAAAACUCUGUAAUCACCUGAUUUUUGUGGGGAACAUAUUCUAUGGUGCAUGUUGGGGAGAGUGCCUGAAAUCCAGUUUUAACCUCCCCUGUGGGAGGUCCAUCUCAAAGGCCUUGGGACCCCAGGGGUGGCCUCUAAAAGUGUGGAAGCUUGGAGCACUGUGAGUUAACAAAGCCCUUCUGUGAUGGCCCUGUUGUAAACAUUCUUAGAAUUACAUAUACCAGUGUAGAGCAUGUUGUUGGGUUGAAUUGUGGGACUUUAGUAAACACACUUUGCCCUG